AAGCUGGAAAUCGCUGAAAUCAGCAUUUGGUUCAUCUGACGUGAAGGCGAAGGGACAUCGUAGGAAGCUUUAUGAAUGUAAGACCUACCUGGAGGAAGACGCUCAUUUGGAGUUCCUACAAUUGGGACGAUGGAGACCAAGAUCAGGGCCGAACAAACGAUUCUUGUGUAGCCUAUUUCGGAAUCCGAAAAGGAUGAAGAUCCUCAAGCAAUGCAGGCUUGAAGCGCUGGUAAGGCUGAUGAAGGCGGCAACUGACUUCCAGAAAGCUUCAACGACAGCGUACCUACGACGGUUAGUGUCGAGAGCGAUCAAGGAGGCACGUGGUUGGAACGUUAGCGCCAAGAUUGUGGUGCGUUUGAAGUUUGAUGACCGUAUUAAAUUAGUAGAAGUUAGGAAAGUUGUUAACGAUAAGCUGAUGGGAGUAUAUAUUCCAAGCUGUUUGAUGGAAGUUGCGCGGAGCACCGUCCGGAUCGUAUGGGUUAAGAACCCGUCGGUUGCGGAUAUGCUACACAAUCAGCGUGCUUUUGCAAAAGUUGAUGUGUCGAUCUGUAUGUGUGCAGAUCUACCCUACCCCAAGGUAGGAGGCCAUGUGCAAGUCCGUCUGCAGGACUUGACAGGGAUGCACCCCCUUCUGUGUAACGCGAACAACAUUCCGAAGUUGACUCAUCUCGACCGUGAAGGGCUCCUUAUACAGGAGAUUGAGAGGAGUGUCCAAUCAUGGGCGAAUUGGAGGGGGGAGAAGAUUCAUGUCACCAGGCAGGAGGCCACCAAGUGUAUGAUAGGGGGUCAGCAAUGUAAGGAGAAGUACCUCGAUCCACGGGAAGUUAGGCAAGUGAAAUCUGCUCUCGAGGGCUUAGUAUUGACGCCACUGGACAUGACCCCAGGGGAAACCCUGGUACUGUGCCCGAAGGUGUACUACGAGGCGAUGAUGGAGACCUUCGUGCUCUCGCCGGGCUACGUCAUCGAGACAGAUACGGAGGAGAAAAUUUUCAAGAGGAUGAAGGACGAAGCAGCAUCAGAGGGACUGCAACAAGUCGUGAGAUGGGACAAGAAGGGGAAGAUUUGCAACGCAUACGUGAUGCCGAAACAUAAGGACCUAUCACGAUAUAAGCCCAAUGGCAUAUGCCCGACAUAUUCGGAACCUACGGACAUGUUCAGUAAAUUACCGCAUGAGGACAUCAUCGAAGAUGUCGAUUGGGCGCUGGAGUACCAUAGGAGCAAAGGGAGGCAGCUUGUCCGUGUCAACACGAAGGGGAAAGGAGGCACAUUCGGACGCACUAUGGGUGACGAUCACUGGAGGACGAUCGAUAUGGAAGAUAUCGGCAAGUACGUGAGGUGGGAAUUGCGGCAUACAUUCACGAAAGCGACCGGUGUCAUUUUGCGACAGGCCAUCGGCAUCCCGAUGGGCAAGAGCUCGAGCCCAAUACUGACUUGCCUAAUGUGCGCGUAUGCAGAGUUCUGGUUUCUGCAGAGCCUGGGUAGACUAAGGAAGGAUGUGUUUGGCAUGAGACUGAUGAACGACGUCAGUAUUGUGAUCCAUCAGAAUGGUAAGAAGUUGACCCCAGUGGAGGAGAUCAAGAGAAGAUUCGAGACAUGCUAUCCGGACAAUUUGUGUCUGAAAAGGACGGAUGAAGGUGAAGGUAUCUGGGAUUUUUUGGGUACGACAAUGAAUAUCGACCCCAUCUUCCCGUAUGUCCGAUGUAUCCAGUCAGCAAAGGACGAAGAGUCGUUGUGGCAGGAGGAACGAUGGGAGUUCAAAUGUGGACAAUCCUAUCGCUCGUGGGGAAGCAAAGAGCAAAAAAGCGCAGUAGUCAGUAGCUUCCUACAGCGGAUCGAUAGGAAUACUAACAAUCGGGCAGCGAUACCGAGGAGGGUACUCAGCGUGCAACGGGAGCUCAGAAUUAAAGAAUUUCUCGCAGGCUUCCUGAAGAGGAUGCUCAAGCGGUUCGCUCGAGGAAGAGAUGAUAUAUGGUCAUGGACCUACGAGUGGCUGUAUGGAUGAUUGGUUGUAUGUACGAUUGGAGUGACUGAGGGGUGGUCAUGGGGACAGGUUUGAAGUUUUUAAUUUAGUUUGCUUUUCAUGUGUCGGACACGGUCACGACGACAGGAUUGGAAGGCAAACGUGACAUGGUCAUUGAGAUAG